AUCGCGGGGCAAUUCCGGGGUAUCCCGGUCCGGCGUGGUCCCGGUGUGAUCCCUCUGGAAUUCCGGGGUAUCCCGGUCCGAUCCCGGUGUGAUUCAGGCGUGAUGCCGCUGGAAUUCCGGGGUAUCCCAGCCCGGCGUGAUGCCGGUGUGAUCCCGGGGUAUCCCGUCCUGCUGUGAUCCCGACCCCAUCCCGCUCUGAUCCCGGCGUAUCCCGGCCCCAUCCCGCUGUUAUCCCGCUGUUAUCCCGCUGUGAUCCCGGGUAUCCCGUCCCCGCCGGCAUGGGGAAGAAAGGGAAGCGUGACAAGAAGGGGAAGGGCGCGGAGAAGACGCUGGCCAAGCUGGAGAAGAAGGUGUCCCGCCGAGCCAAGAAGGAGGAGGAGGAUCUUGAAGCCCUGAUAGCAGAAUUCCAAAGUUUGGAUGCUAAAAAGACCCAAGUAAUUGAGUCAUCCUGCCCACCUCCUUCACCCAGGCUGAACUGCUCCCUCUGUGCUCACCCUGAGAGAGACGAGCUGAUCCUUUUUGGAGGUGAAUAUUUCAAUGGCCAAAAAACCUACCUGUACAAUGACCUGUACAUUUACCACAUCAGGAAGAACAGCUGGGCCAAGCUGGACAUCCCCAACCCGCCCCCGAGGCGUUGUGCUCACCAGGCAGCUGUGGUGCCCACAGCUGGGGGGCAGCUCUGGAUCUUUGGGGGGGAGUUUGCCUCUCCCAACGGGGAGCAGUUCUACCACUACAGAGAUCUCUGGGUCCUGCAUUUGGCCACCAAGACCUGGGAGCAGAUCAAGGCACCAGGAGGGCCCUCAGGACGGAGUGGACAUCGGAUGGUGGCCUGCAAAAGGCAGCUGAUCGUUUUUGGGGGUUUCCAUGAGAGUGCAAGAGAUUUCAUCUACUACAAUGAUGUGUACACCUUCAACCUGGACACCUUCACCUGGAGCAAGCUGGCUCCUGCAGGGAUGGGGCCUGCUCCAAGGUCUGGCUGUCAAAUGACUCCCACCCCUGAGGGCAACAUCAUCAUCUAUGGAGGCUACUCCAAACAGAGAAUCAAGAAGGAUGUGGACAAAGGCACCCUGCACACAGAUAUGUUCCUGCUGAAGGCUGAAGGGGCAGGCAAGGAGGAAGACAGGUGGAGCUGGAGUCGCCUCAGCCCCUCUGGAGUGAAACCCCCUCCCAGGUCUGGCUUUUCUGUGGCUGCUGCUCCCAACAACCGCUGCCUGCUCUUUGGGGGGGUGCAGGAUGAGGAGGAGGAGGAGAGCAUCCAGGGGGAUUUCUUCAAUGACAUUUAUUUCUACGACAUCGGCAAGAACCGCUGGUUCCCUGCACAGCUCAAGGGCCCCAGGUCAGAGCAGAGGAGGCGCAGACGUGGCAGGCAGGCUGAGGCUGAGGCUGCUGGGCAGGAGGAGCUGCAGCUGCCACCCCCCCAGGGACCCCUGGAGAUCGUCAAGGAGGUGGUGGCAGAGGAUGGCACCGUCAUGACCAUCAAGCAGGUGAUCCCUGGAGCUGCAGGAGACAAGGACAGCUCUGGCUCAGAGGAGGAAGAUGAGGAGGAGGAAGGUGGAGCUCUGGGGCAGCCUGUGGAGCCAUGCCCACGCUGCAGUGCCAUGGUGGCAGUGAAGCACGGGGUGCUCUAUGUCUAUGGGGGGAUGUUCGAGGUGGGAGAUCGCCAGGUGACCCUCAGUGACCUGCACUGCAUCGACCUGCACAGGAUGGAGCAGUGGAAGGUGCUGCUGGACAUGGAUCCAAAAACCCAGGAGUGGCUGGAGGAGUCAGAGUCAGGUGAAGAGGAGGAUGAUGAUGAUGUGGAAGGUGCAGAGGGAGGGGAGGAAGAAGAGGAGAGCUCUGAAGAGGAGAGUGAAGAUGAGGAAGCCCUGUGCCUGGAAAGGGAAAGGAAGGAGAAGAGGAAGCAGAACUGCGACAGGAGGGAAUCAGACCAUGGACAUGUUGGAAGCUGGAAUAUACAUCCUGCAUUACAAAGUGCAAAAUACUACAUGCUCAGAGCCCAAGCAUGAUGUCUGAAACAGUCCACAGCAAGAUGUAAGAGACAAACCCACCACCCUCUCCCUCCUCUCUGGGACAUGCUCCAGCUGCUCCUCCCCAGGUGCCUUUGAGAAACAGUUGGAUUUUGGCUUGCUUUUGUUUUAUUGUCAUCCUCAGAUGAUGGGAAUUGAGCCCUCUUGUCCCCUGUGCCCGUUUUUGGGAUGGGCUGGAUGCUCCUCACCAGCACAGCACCCUCAGCUGCUCCAUCCC